UCUACACCUGGCGAAGUGUUGUGAUGUGAGCGAAGCUGUCGUUGCGAAUUUUCAGAGGUUAGUAAAUUUGCCGCAAGGAGCCAAACUGGGACUCCAGGGGUUAGAGAGAAGGCUGGAAGGACCACUGAGGCCUGAGAACCUAUUUAACAUCAGGGCAUUUGGUCAGGGGUGCAGCAGUAGGUCAGGCACCUUCGGCCGAAAUAAGGACAGUAACUAUUUUAUAUGGAUCCACCAGACGAUUUCUAUAGAGUGGAUUUUCCCUCUGUCAACAACUGCCUGUCCUACCCCUGCCCCCAAAAUAACUUACCCAUAACCUGAUCUGCUACCCCCACUACCUAAUGCAACCCCCAGCUAUGUUCUGCUCCUACAACCUGCCCUCCACCAUAAAACCACAAGUGAGCACCUUGGAAUUGGUAAAACACACCUGAAGUGACAUCACCUGGGGUUAACGGAAAGUUGAAAGUGAGGCAAAGAAGUUUAUUUAAGACACCUGUGACCCACACCUAAAGCUGGAUCCACAGUUCCUCCCAAACACCCACAAGCAAUUGCAGGGCAGAUGAAACCAGUACUUACUGGGGAUCAAUAAGCAUAUGUUCCUCUGGUCCCACAGAACCAGCACCGGCCAAGCAGUUACUGUUCAAUGGAUAAUGUCAAUAUUUCCACUGCUGUCUGCUUGUGUAAUGCACAGAGCUGAUCAGGCACAAUGGGAGAGCUGGGCUUAAUUAUCAUGUAAUUGCUAUUACUGAGACCUGGAGCAAUAGAACUGCUGGGGACAGCAUCCACGGGAACAGCAUCAAAGACCCUGCACUACAGAGCUAACAAUCUGAGUGGGUAACUUACAGACAUAAAUAGGAGGAUGAUAAGGACUGCCAUUCAUAAUGCUAAUUUAUUCUAAAGCUAUAGCACCCCCACAGUGCAUUACAGAGGGCUAGCACAAAUUAGCGUUUAUUGAUGCACUCCCCUGCGAACAGUUUUAAUGCGUUCAACUGCAGGGGAGCGCAGCAAUAGAUGCAUUCUAUUCAUUGGAAUGGACCUGUCAUCACACAGGCGCAUGUAAGGGCCAAAAGCAGGUGGAAGGCAACUUGCUCAAGGGGAUCCAUCACAGUUCCAUGUACAGAGAGACAUCUCAGCAGCUAUUGGACAAGUUCAGGAGGGAGAAAGAACCAGCACUACAGGGGGGGAAUGAGUUCCAUCAUUGUGUAUCUCUGAGUGACCUUUCCUCCAGAAUUCAGACCACUGAAAUACCUGAACAUAGUAGGAGCCCCCCAUGACACUGAAGUCAAAACACAAGCAUGUCCUUUGUAUCCCCACCUCCAUUAUUUAUACCCCAUUUUCUGCAAGAACAGACAUUAUACCCACAGUGUUUGUAGGUUAGGGUUAAGAAGCCCCAAUCCAACAUUGAGGAGACCCCACAGGGUAGUUCUUCACAAACCUCCUCUGGGCAUUCGUACAGGUUUGUGUGGCCCCCUGCUUGGCUGUGUCUCUCAAGAUGUUCUAUGAACCCUUCACUGCGAACCUUGGGAAUUAAUGAGCAAGUGAUGGGUCUCUUGUGAUAGUGAGUAAUCUCUUGCACAUGCAAGGUGUCUGUACCAAGCACGAGAGUUUGCAGGAUGCUAUUUCCUCCCUGGUUACAACGAAGAUCUCAAACAGGAUGUCAGGGUCAGGCAGCAACAUGGCUCAUGCCGUCUCUCCUCACUAUGCUAAGAUCUCCCCUAGAGCUCAGAGCAGCUCCACUCUACUGGAUCCUCUGCUGUCCAUGAGCUUCCCAGAGCAUCAAGUGCAGAAAGCUCUGGCAGCAACAGGAUGGAACUCUGUGGAAUUGGCAGCCAAGUGGCUGAAGUCACACCGCAAAGACCCAUCGCUGGAUGACCCCAUUCCUCAGGAAUACAUUCUAUACCUUGUGCCAACAGGACCUCUUGCAGUGACACUGAACAAGUUCUGGGCUGAUAGUGUCCGACUUUGUGGGAGGAACAGGGCUCAUUCUUGCUUCCCACAUGUAACGCUCUGUGACUUCUUCACGUGUGAAGAUCGGAAGGUGGAGACUCUGCACUGGGCCCUUAGAAAGGCAGGAGAAGAAACUUGUGGAUCCUUCCCUCGCUCCAUUACCCUCUCCCUCUAUUCCUCCAGCUCAUUCAUCGGCUUCUUUAUAAAUGAGGCCCAGGCCUCCAUCAUCCGCAUCUUUAUGAGCAGCUUCUCUGAGGAGGUUGCAAAGGGAGCAGACUGUUCGGUGAAGCCGGUCUCCAAGCAGCUGCAUCUCACCCUGGCGCACAAAUUCUCUCCCCACCAUCAGGGGACGCUAGAGCACUUGGCCAAGUCAAUCAGCCCCGCCCAGAGCUGUGAGUGGGAGGUGGUUCUGUUCUCCAGAGACAUGCGCUUUGCUCACUAUCAGACGAUGCGCACAUUGUUCCCGUUUGAGCCGCAGAAUCCUGAUGAGCUGACACUCACUGAGGGGGACAUUGUAUUUGUGGAUCGCACACAAGUGUCAGCAGCGCCAGAGGGAUGGGUUAUGGCGGUGUCCCACGAAAGCGGCUGUCACGGGCUGAUCCCAGAGAAUUACCUGGAGAAAGUGCCAGAGACUAACACUUGGACUCAGCACCGAAGCUACAAGUUCAAUCCCAGCAGAGUCCAGCAGAAGGGCACCCACAAGGAGGGGCCACAUUCUGCAGAGACACAGGGUCAGUCUCGCAGCAUUCUCAUUGUGAGCCACGGGGAGAGUGUGGAACAAGUGUUUGGCAAGAGUUGGCUCAGGGCGAGUGAAGGGGCAGAGGGGGCAUAUUCCAGGUCUGACUUGAACCUUCCAGCUCAUCUACCCCAAAGGACACAGGUAGCAGAGUUUGAGUUGGACCCUCCCUUAUCUUCUUGUGGGAUAUUCCAGACCAGCCUCAUGGGCCAGGCCCUUGUGGACCUUCCCAUGAGGUUGGAUCUUGUUCUUUCCUCCCCCGCCCUACGCUGCAUUCAGACGGCACAUCACAUCCUUACAGAGAUGCGCUUGGUUGACCAAGUCAAGAUAUGCGUGGAUUGGCGGUUGAACAACUGGUCUGAGCAUGGAGAAAGCCAAUCGCCCCAGUUCCUGUCUGUGGAAGAGCUGGAAGCAAAUGGGUACAAAGUGGAGAUAAGUCACAAAACCACUGGCCCAGCCCAUCAGAACCACACGGAAGGUGUCUUGCAAAGUAUCUGCAAAAAAAAAGGGGCCGUGACUCUGAUUGUGACCCAUGGAGCAAAUGUGGUUCCUCUGGCCCAGGUGUUACUGGGGCUUCCAAAUGAGCACGGGGACCAUCCAGCAGAAGGUGCAGAGAAGGUUCCUGCCCUGGCUCUGUGUUGCUGUGAGGAGUUACCCCAGGGUGGCUGGUGCAUGAAGGAUCCGCCAGUGAGGGGAAUCACACAUGGCUCCAACUCUGAAUUCCAUUGGACACCAUUCAUGUGA